UUUCAGAUGAGCCAUCCCUCCACCCUCUUUCCUCUCCUUGUUCCGUUGCUCCGGCCUCCAGGCCAGCCAUGCCUGACCAUCGCACACUUGGACUCUCCCCCGAAGGACGGUACGUCAUCGUCCAUGAUGGCAAAAAUCUCGCUAUUUGGUCAACAGAGACGCGUGAGUUGGUUCAAUUUCAUGUAUCUAAGUCCCCACUUCCCGUCUCCUACAACAAAUACCCUCGCCCACAUCUCAUAAUCGAUGCUCAAACGAGAAUUCCUUUGCACCUGGAGAAUGGCAUCCCUCGUGUGCAGAGCCCCAUGGUUGGGCAUGAUGCAGAUCUAUUGUGGCUGGAGCGACUAUCCUGCGAGCUCCCAUCGUGGCUCGCCAGUCCCAGUCCCAUGUCAAUAAGGGUCAGCCGCCCAUCCAUUAAUGAGGACGGCACACAGAUGAUCUGGCUCAAUGGUAAACCCGAACUGCUUCUCCCACCAGACUUCCGCCCGAUCAUUCUUGGCAACAGGGACCAGAUUAACAGUCAAGAAGUAUGGUAUGGGGAUCAAAUGCUGUGGAAUGAGGAUCGCCUCUAUCUUCCUCGCGCUAGCAAAGAAGGGGCUCGAUUUUUGGUCCAAGGUCAUAUGCGAGCCCCGAUCGUUGUCGAUAUUAGCCAAGUUGUCUAGUUCUUUUGCGGUUUUCACUGGUCCUUUUUUCCUUCAUUGAAUAUUCAUCUGGCAGACCCAGCUUGUUGGGCGUGCAGGCCUGCUUGGUAUCAUAUAGAACUAUUAUGUUCGAU